CGAGAAAUGCUGCUCCUAUACGUCAUUGUUGCAUUUACGCCCAACAUUCUGGGCUUUCCGAGAAAAAUUCCGAUCGGGGGAUUGUUCGAUGGCGACGAGAUGAUUCAGAAAGCGUUCAAGUUAUCGGUCAAGGCGGUGAACAAGAACAUCACCACCUCCGAGCACGCGAAGGGCAUACUAUUAAUAGCAAAAACCGAGAAAGUCAACGAAAAUGCAUUCCUAGUAGCGAAUAUAGCGUGCGAGUUGUUAGGCAACGGAGUGGCCGGGAUAUUCGGUCCUCAGGACAGAUCGACGGUGGACCACGUUCAGAGUACGUGCGAUACCCUAGAUAUACCUCACAUCGCCGCCAGAUGGGAUCCCGAACCGAAACGCGGAAAUGUAAAUCUAUAUCCGCAUGCUGACACGCUCUCCAUGGUUUUUCAAGACUUAAUAAAGAAGUUCCAAUGGAAGGAAUAUGCGAUACUUUACGACGACACCAACGGCCUAAUUCGCAUGAAUCGUUUGCUCAAAUUGCCGAACAUGCACACCAUUUCAGCGAUGGUGUUUCACUUGGGCAAUGGACCGGAUUUUAGGAAAAUUAUGCAAGAGGUCAAAAGGUCCGGUUGCAAAAAUCUUAUAAUUGACUGCUCGUACGACAUCCUUGCCUCCGUUCUCGAGCAAGCGCAACAAGUCGGAAUAAUGUCGGGAAAGCACAACGUGAUCGUUGCCUCUCUGGACCUGCAGACCCUGGAUUUAAAGCCGUACCAAUAUUCCGGGAUGAAUUUAACGGGCAUACGUUUGAUCGAUCCGGAAAGCUCGACUGUCCGACACAUUCUGCGGGCUCUUAAUUGGAAUUUGACAGAUGGUUCCCACUUGAGGGUAACAUCAGCUCUCGCUUACGACGCCGUGCAACUUUUCGCAAGCGGUUACGCGCGACUGCGUGACAGCGUCGAGGGAGACCUCAAGAGGCUGUCUUGCAACGAUACGGAAACCUGGGGGCACGGCUUCAGUCUGAGUAAUUUUAUGCGAAACGAGCGCAUACACGGACUGAGCGGGACGAUAAAAUUCGACACAAACGGAUUUCGGAGCGAGUUCCAACUGGACAUCGUAAAUCUAGGGAAAAAGGGUCUGCGCAAAGUCGGCGAGUGGAAGACGAACGUCGGUAUACAGUGGGAGUCGGAAUACAAGAUCCCAGGUGUGGACGAGGGGAAGAGCUUACGCGACAAACACUUCAUCGUCCUGAUAUCGUUAACGGAUCCAUAUGGAAUGCUCAAGCAAUCAGCUGCAAUAAGAGCUGGAAACGAUCGAUUCGAGGGUUUCGCAAUCGACAUAAUUCAGGAGAUGAGCAAAAUACUAGGGUUUAAUUACACGUUUGAAGUGCAGAGCGACAACAUUUACGGCUCACUUAAUAAGACGAGCGGCCGGUGGAACGGCAUGCUGGGGAAAAUAAUCGCCCACGAAGCGGAUCUAGCGAUCACGGAUCUGACGAUCACGGCGGAGAGGGAGAGCGCUGUCGACUUUACGACGCCGUUCAUGAAUUUAGGUAUAAGCGUUCUCUACAGGCAGCCAACGACCGCUCCGCCGGGCUUGCUAUCCUUCUUGCUGCCGUACUCGAAAGAGGUUUGGGUGCACCUGAUCGGCGCGUACAUCGUUGUGACCUCGCUGUUAUUUCUGAUCGGAAAACUCUGCCCGGUGGAAUGGACAAAUCCGUAUCCAUGCAUCAAGGAACCCGAAGUAUUGGAAACACCCUUCACUCUGGCGGACACUCCAUUCCUCGUGAUUGGCGCCUUAUUGAAGGCUCCUACCGGAUUUGCGCCCGCAGGAGUUUCUACGAGAGCUUUGGCCACGGCAUGGUGGUUCUUCACUCUGAUCAUCGGAUCAACUUAUAUCGCCAAUUUAGCCGCGGCGUUAUCCACGAAAUCCACUGUGUGGCCUUUCAAGGUGGCGGAGGAUCUCGCCUACCAGCAUAAAAUUAAGUACGGCGCGAAGAAGGGCGGCUCGACACUUGCGUUCUUCAAGGACGCCCCGCAUGAACCGUACGAGAUUAUGUAUAAUUACAUGAUGAAUCACGCUGACGAGGUGCUUAUGGAGAGGAACGAAGACGGCCUGUGGAAGGUGCAGCAGGAGAAUUACGCGUAUAUCAUGGAGUCCUCGUCAAUCGAGUAUAUCAAGCAGAGAGUGUGCAACGUGACGCAGGUCGGUGGACUCUUAGACGCCAAGGGUUACGGCAUCGCGAUGAGAAAAGACUCACCUUAUCGUACGGAGCUGAGCGGCGCCAUACUCAAGCUCAAGGAAAACGGCAUGAUGCACGAGUUGCAAACUAGAUGGUGGAAAGAAAAGCGAGGCGGCGAUAAGUGCAGCGAGAAACCGCAAGUGAAAGUCGAGCCGUUGAAUUUCGAGGACGUCGGUGGAGUAUUUUUGAUUAUGAUAAGCGGAGUUACGUUGUCCUGGUUUUAUGCGGGAUGGACGUUCCUCUGGAAUAUUCGAAACAUCGCGAUCAAAUAUAACGUGCCCUACAAGGAAGAGAUCAAAGAGGAGUUGAAAUUCCUAAUCAGAUGCAAGAGCAAAAAGCUCGUUAGGAGGAGGAAGAAAUCGGUCGAAACGAUAGGCUCCCGAUGAAUCACGUGUGUCUCGCUCUCCUUAGCGACUCCUUUACGUGUAAAUAAAAAUUCGUGAAGUAAUAAGCGUG